CCAAAACAAUCACUGCGAUCUGCCCUGAAACUCACUCAGUGGUUCUUUGUGGUCGAGCCCAAAAGACGCUUAGACAGAUGGAUGCGUAACCGAAAGCUACUUAUCCUAUCUAAUUUCAGGUAAGUUUCGCAAUUUUUUUUGUCUUCAUUUUCCAGCUUUCGUUUCGUGUACGCCAAUGGCAUCCCUUUUCCUUCCUUCGACCCCCAAGCCAGCUGCACCACCGGCGCCCGCGCCUGCCUCUGAGGAGGUUCGUACUCCUGGAAAAUGGCGCCAUCCGCAACUGAACGAGAUUGUGCGACGGCAACAGGCCGGGACAUUUGGAGAUGGUAAUGUAAAGCGGCUUAUAUCGAAUGGUUUUAUGCUUUUCGCAUCCUGGCUCUUUGGAAAUAGCUUCAAGUCCAUCUUUCAUUGGAUUCAGAGGCAAACGGAUAUCCCAACAUACUCCGACCUGUUACUGCUCACAGUGCAAUUGCUGCUUUCCUUCAACAUACUGGCCGCCUUAUACCCGCUCUUCCGACCGAAAGAUGAAAUCUCCGACAUUCCCCUUACCCCAACACAGCGUGCUCUCCUCGGUCUCGACCCCUCUGCUACCUCUUCCCCCGCUCCAGCAACAUCCUAUGUGACCCCUCCGAAGUAUCGGGUAUCUGGCUCAAGGGCAGGUAGCCCGGCUAGCUUUUCGGGAUCUCCGUUGUCUACCGGCGCGAGCGCGUCGAGUCGUCAGUUCUCCGGCACGCCUUUCUCUCCGUCGCCCAGCCCUCUUUUGCAUAAGAUGGUCGCGAAUGGUGGAAGGGACACUGGACGCAGGCCAAGUUUCGGGUCCUCUUCCCCGCUAGGCCGUAGCUCGUCUUUCAAAGAAUCGAUCAUUAUGCCAUCUACCCCUUCGCCAGUGACAGGCAAGAAGGGGACAUUGGGACUGAGCAACAAAUGGCUAUAUGAGCGGAGUAGGCGUCUGUCUGCUAGCAACGGUAGCCUUUAAUUCGAUUUGCUUAGGGUUGCGGCGCUUCUAUACGCGAGCGUAAUGAUGUAAAUCAUGUUAUUAUUUAAGAGGUGUUUCGGUUCGCUUUCUGAUUAUUCUAUUUCCGGCGCAUAGAGCAUUGCUGGCCUG